UUCUCCCAUACGAGAAGAAAUACAAGACGAUCCAUGGCAAGGAAAUGGCCUACAUGGAGCACGGCACCGGCGAUCCGAUCGUGUUUCUGCAUGGCGUCCCGACGUCGUCCUACCUGUGGCGUAACAUCAUGCCAGCUUUCGAGGGUAAGGGGCGCCUGGUUGCUCCUGAUCUCAUCGGCAUGGGUGACUCGGAAAAGAUCGACAACUCGGGACCGAACAGCUACACCAUCCCCGAACAUGCGAGUUAUCUGUUCGCGCUUUUAGAGGCGCUUGGCGUGACAGAAAAGGUAACGCUUGUGAUCCACGACUGGGGGUCCGGGCUAGGCUUCCACUGGGCGGAGACGCACAGAGACGCGGUGAAAGGCAUUGCGUUCAUGGAAGGUAUUGUCACUACUUUCCCGACAUGGGACCACUUCAACAAGGAACUCCACGGCCCUAUCAAGCAGCUUCGAGGACCCGAAGGCGAGAAGAUGGCGCUGGAGGACAACUUCUUCAUCGAAAAGCUUCUACCGGGGGCCAUCCUUCGUGACCUCUCGGAAGAAGAGCACGCAGCCUACCGCAAGCCUUUCCUCGAGGCAGGCGAAGCGCGCAGGCCCACCCUUGCGGGGCCUCGCUCACUUCCCAUCGAAGGAGACCCUGCCGACUCUGUGGCUAUCAUCGAGGCCUAUGGUGCCUGGCUUGCCGCAUCCCCGGUCCCCAAGCUUUUCAUAAACGCAGAGCCGGGAGCUUUCUUGGUGGGCCACGCGCGUGACGUCUGCCGCGGCUGGCCCAAUGUUACGGAGGUUACGGUGGCUGGAUCCCACUUUAUCCAGGAGGACUCCCCGGCCGAGAUCGUUGCAGCCAUCACCAACUGGCUGCCUACCAUUGAGAUCUAAGGAUUGCACGACCUUUGUUGAGAAUCUGACAACAAACGUGUUUGGGUGCGUUCCUCUCGAUGGUGUUUAGUGUGUGGGCGGGGUCCAGCCGUUCGCAGACGUGUGUGUAGGUUUUCCCUGUUCUUUGCCCCACCCGUUUCCCGCCAAGAGAGUGUUUCGCUUCUGUCCAGUUGUUGUUCGUGGUUUCACGGCCGAGUUUUUGUUCGCGCAAUGUAUACUUUUUGCACGG